AUUUCUCGAACCUUCGUCCCCCCCCCCCUUACACAUUCUCAUCUGUGCAUCCCGGACCUCCGAGCAGCAAAUUGUUCAUUCGCCUACUUGUGUGAUUUAGCGGACGAAUAGAGAGAAGAAGAAAAUCGAAGAACACAAUCAUCGAUCACUGGAGAUGAGGGCUCGUUUUCUGUUACUGUUGUUUUUAUUAGCAUCGCUCUUUUGCUUCAAUCAAGCGGCGAAGACCCUAGACCCAUACAAGGUUCUUGGGGUUGAGCGAAACGCAAGCCAACGGGAAAUUCAGAAAGCUUUCCACAAGCUUUCUCUUCAAUAUCACCCUGAUAAAAACAAAAACAAGGGUGCACAAGAGAAGUUCUCUGAGAUCAACAAUGCAUAUGAAAUUCUAUCUGAUGAAGAAAAGAGGAAGAAUUAUGAUCUAUAUGGGGAUGAGAAGGGUAACCCCAGGUUUGAAACAGGCCGUCCCGGGGAUGAUGGGGGAUAUACUUACUUCACUGGUGGUGGCCCUGGAAAUGAUCGGUCUACAUUUAGACCAGAGUGGCAGAGCAUGGGUGGUCAAGGAAACUCCAAGUCAUUCUCUUUUUCCUUUGGAAAUCCAAGUUCUGGUCAAAGUUCAUUUGGUUUUGGUCUUGAUGAUAUCUUCUCCAAUUUUUUUGGUGGUGGUAAUAUGAAAGGUGGGGGGAAUCGUUUUGGUGGUUUCGGUAGCUCAACCGAAUCUCGUGCUGGCCCUAGGAAGUCCACUAGAAGCAUCCAGGCUGUUAAUUCACAGGUGUUUAAGAAGGAAAUAGAAGAUCAAGGAAUCUCUUGGCUUUUGUUAUUUUACAAACCCACAUUUAAGGACAAUGAUCAUUAUGAAUCCAUUGUAGAGGAGGUAGCCACCUCAUUGCAAGGAGCACUGAAGGCUGGCAGCAUAAAUUGCCAACAUGAAGCUUCUUUCUGUAAGGACCUUGGUAAAAUGCCCACCAAGGUACCACGGGUAUUUAUUUAUUCAUAUGGAGCAAGUGAUAGGGGCUCUUUAUUGGAGUACACUGGUGAUUGGGAUGCCAAGAGUUUGAAGACUUUCUGCUUAGAUCACUUACCGAGAUUCUCAAGAAAGGUGGAUUUAAAUCGUUUUGAUAUUUCCUCGAGCCCCACGGAAAACCUUCCUCGGGUGCUGCUGCUCUCUACAAAGAAAGACACACCUGUGAUCUGGCAUGUCCUUAGUGGCCUGUAUCGUAAGCGAUUCAUCUUCUAUGAUGCACAGGUCCAAGAUGCUUCAGAUCCAAGGGUGAGAAACUUAGGGGUUGAUUCAAUUCCAGCUGUUGUUGGUUGGAUGACUAACGGGGAGAAGCACUUAUUGAAGACAGGAAUUUCUGUAAAAGAUUUGAAAUCUGCCAUUCAUGAUCUCAGUGUUCUACUUGAUGGCUUUGAGAAAAAGAGCAAGAAAGCGGCUUCGAGUCACGCAAAGAGGCCACAUCCUGAAACACGGGGGAAAAGCAUACCACUUCUUACAAGCUCAAACAUGGAAUCCCUUUGUGGAGAGACAACUCCUGUUUGCAUUAUAGGUGCUUUCAGAUCAUCCAAAGCAAAGGAGAAGCUGGAAACCAUACUAUAUACAGUCUCCCAGAAGUCGCUGACAAGGCGACAGAACCUAGCUUCUAGCUCUGGGGAUUCUGUUUCUUACUGUCUGUUGGAUGCUACAAAGGGGCAAGCAUUCCUCAACUCCUUUGACAAGUCCCAGUUCAAAUCCUUGGAUAAGUUUCUUGUGGCUUACAAGCCCCGGAGAGGGAAGUUCGCAGCAUUUGUGGAUGAAAUGACAACAGAGGAAGUGGAAAGGUUUAUUGGUUCAGUUCUUAAUGGGGAUAUCCAAUUCAUGAAAGUACGGCAAAAGCCUGCUCUGUAAGUGAAACUGGGACAAAGUAGAGAGGCUUUCUCAUCAUGACUGUUACUGUAUUAGGUUUUAUCCCUUGAUGCCGGCUACUUGAUGGUGUUGGUUUUUACUGCAUAUAAUUUCUUGGCCAGCUUGUAUAUCCAAUCUGUAGUAUGGUGGAACUAGUGGAGAGCAUUACAUUGGUAAAUUGUGGCUACUUUUAGAGAUCUAUGUACAGAAGGGUGGAAAUUUUUUUAACCCUGCUUAGGAAUUUUUGAUUGUGAAACAUCAUACCUGGAUGUAUAAACUGCAUACCAUGACAGUUCGGCAAAAGGAGGGCAAAGGCCUUUCUAAUUUAAUAAAGCAAGUUCUAUGCCCCUUUUGUAA